AUGAGCUGGCUGCGCCACAAGCUGUACCGAUAUGAAGUCACCAUUGGGCUAUAUGGACUCGAAUGGUGGGAGCGAUACAUCUUCAGUAUCCUUUGAGAUUACGCGCUCAACGUCUUCGCCCUCGUCCGCAGCGUUUGAUAUCAUCUCAUUCUUCUUCUCCUUUUCUGAAAAUUUGUGAAAUAGGUUCAUCCCUUGACUUGAUUGUCCUCAUAGACACGAUGGUGCUGAUGCUUCUUUGGUUCACCUGUUCGAAAAUGUUGAAAACUUCCGCUCACGUAUACGACUGGUGAGGACAACAGUCCCCUCUGCUCGCUGACAGACAAAAGCCCCACUCCCUCACAGAUACCCGGGUGUAGGUCGUCGUUGUCCUGGACAUUCCUCGCUAGCCCGAAUUCUUAGCCUUUCGCCCCCGAGUUGGAGUGUUAAUCUCUGGUCAUGGCCUUGAUGUUGGCUUAAUCGGACACCAGGCAGCUCAAGGACAUGACGAGGAACCACACAAUCCCUGGAGUUUUGCUGUGGAGCCGGGCGACAGAUCCUCCAAAGUAGAGGGUGUGGAAGAUAUCGGAUCAGUCAACUUUGGCCCGCUUAAUCAUGAGCGUAGAGGCGACGUUUUACGCCCAGAGUUCAAUACUUCAUUAACAAAUAGGAGAUUUAUUAUAACGAGGGCCAUCAAAUGUCGACGUAUCCCGAUAAGAGAACUACUUCUGUAUAAAAUAUAGCUUCGCUCAAUUAUUGCCUUGAGGGUCAGCCGUUUAGCAGGGCCGAGUAAGGCUUCCAGCCGAAAUGAACACAUCGGAGAUUGCAUCUGGGAUUUUUUUUUCAUUCUAAGAUCUUACUGAGGCUACUAGUAUUAGACAUGGAUGAGUUCAGUAGCAAACGCCCCCCCGAAGAAGUCGUCACCAUUCCGCUUUAGUUUCACUACUCUGUUGAUUCUUUGAACCAAGAAUGUUCCUGACAAAUUCAGUCGUUCCUUUUUGUGCUCGCCCCAGGUAGGUACUUGAGAGAAGAGUAG